AUGGAUGUGGGGCUAGACGAGUACAAGAACAAGUACAAGAAUCGAGAGAAGAGAGAGGUGCAACGGUUGAGUCAGAACCUGGACCCCGAACUGAAGGAGUGGAUCUGGGAAAGACAGGGCUUAGAGCGGUUUCAAAAGUUUUCUCCUCCCAAAUUUCUUGGAGGGUCAGAUCCUGAGGUAGCCGAGAGAUGGCUAGAAGCAAUGAUCAAUAUUUUCGUCGUCUUGAAUUACACGGCGGAAAGGCAGGAGUUUACCGAGAAAUAUCUUCCAUCAAUAGUCCAAGAGAAAAGGGAGAAUGAUUUCAUUAUACUACGUCAAGGAACCUUAAGUGUAUCUGAGUAUGAGAUUCAGUUCACCAAUUUAUCAAAAUUUGCUCCUGAAUUCAUAACCAUGGAGCAAAGGAGAGUGAGACGGUUUGUCCAUGAGUUGAACGUAGAGGUACAGGAAUUUUUGGCGGCGACACAAAUUAAUACAUUCACCGAGAUUCUUGAGAAAACCCAGAGGAUAGAAAUUACAAGGGCUCAAGUGAAGGCUUUUCAUGCAAGAAAGAAAGGUGCGUCUAGUGGAUACCAACGGCGGGAACAAGAUGAUCUAGGCAUGGCACUCCCUAAGGUGGGUCGAGGAGUUGGUGGUGAGAGAAUUUCGGGGACAUUUAAGAUAGUUGCUCCGAGAGAAGCUCCAAUUGGAGGAGGACAACUGAGAGGUGUCUCACAAGGAGAUCCAACCUCAAUCCCUCACUUAUCUUGUGGAUAUUGUGGAAAAACUAAUCAUACAGAGGAUAAUUAUUGGCCAAAGGCGCGGAAAUAUUUAUGGUGUGAUAGUGUUGAGCACCAGAUUGCAACCUGUCCCCUCAGGUUAAACCCUAAACAACCAAAUCUAGAAGGGAAUAGAUCUAAAAUGCCUACCAGAGUAUAUACUUUAAACCACCAGUCAGUACUCAACCCGUCUAAAGUGGUAGAAGGAACGAUUCAUGUUUUUCAUUGUCUGGCUAAAAUUUUGGCAUUGGUGAGACCUAGGAACUAG